CAAAGAGCAUUUUAUGGCAGGUCUGGCUACGCGAAGAAGCUGGACAACCACCGCAACACGAGUUCGCUGAACAAGGUGGGCGGCGGCGGCGGCGGUGGCAGCGGCGGUGGCGGCGGAGGCGCGGGCGGCGGGCUGCGGGGGUGGGGCCCCGCGUCUGCUGUCGCCUCCAAGCCGCGCUUCCCCGCAGACCGCCAGUUCGUGCUCGGCGUGUCGCUCACCAGCGGCGGAGCCAACACGAAGGGCAGCACUCCGCCCACGACGGCGUCUCCCGCCACCGCGCCGGCCCUGCCGCCCACGCCGCCCACGCCGCCGCCCCCGCCGCCGCCGCUGUCCUUCGAGGUGGUGGACCAGCCCGAGGACGAGGACGAAGACGACGCCGGCGACACCGACGGCAAGGGCAGCUCUUCAGGCGGGGACGACAGCGACGCGAGCGGCGGCAGCACGGAGGCGCCCAGCCUGUCGAAGCUGCAGCCGCGGCUGGCGGCCGGGGGCUCGCGGCGCGCCACGUGGCAGCGCAUCGCCUCUUCCAACGACGCCGCCUCGAGCCAGCAGACGCCGGCCUUCGUGCUGCGGCGCCGCGGCCCGCUGCGCCCGGUCGCCGACUUCUUCAGCCGCGAGCACCGCCAGUAG